AUGUAGCCGAAUACUAAUAGCAGGCCUUGCCUUCAGUUCAUAUUUCGUUUUUUUAAGAACGACCACCAGCGUAGCUUUUGGAUUCCUCCUGCUUUGUUGGAUCUCUUCAGAUCACGUCCGUUUUGUUAGAAAAAUUAUUUUCUCGUUAAUUUCCAGUCCCGUUUCAUCGCAAUCAUGCCGGCUGCUAUGGAUAAACUGACUACCUUGGACGCUGAAGUGAAGAGCCUGCGACAAGAAGUGCAAAAGCUGUCAAAGGAAUUCGUUUCCGCAUUGGGCAAGAUAGAAGCCAAACUGAACAGCCUGUCGCUCGCUCCUGCCUCGGGAACCUGCCAGAGUUCCGCACCGGCCCACAAGGCCGCCGGUGAUGCCGUCAAGAAGGAGACAGCGGAAAAGAAAGACGACGAGGACAUUGAUCUGUUUGGCUCUGACGAAGAGGAGGAGGAUCCGGAAGCUGUGAAGCGUCGCGAGGAGCGACUAGCGGCAUACGAAGCGAAAAAAGCCAAGAAGCCCGCUUUGAUCGCCAAAUCUAUGAUCAUUCUGGAUGUUAAGCCUUGGGACGAUGAAACCGAUGUUAAGGAAAUGGAAACUAAGGUUCGAAGCAUUCAGACUGAUGGUUUGAUUUGGGGAACAUCCAAAUUUGUGGAAGUUGCCUAUGGAAUUAAGAAACUGCAGAUUACCUGUGUUGUGGAAGAUGACAAAGUUGGUACGGAUUAUUUGGAAGAACAGAUUACCGGUUUUGAAGAUCUUGUCCAGUCCGUUGAUAUUGUCGCCUUCAACAAGAUUUAAACGGUUACUGUUUUAUGUUAAUUCGACUUAAUCAGCUAAAAGCCCGCUUCCGUGUCGACAUGGGCUGAAUGCAAUGCUGUAACAUCAUUCGACUUUUUCUAUGCGUUUUUAUGCGUUGUUCCGUGUUUUGCAGUUGUCUACGAUAAUAAGUAGUUUUACUUUGACUUCCUGACCUGAGAGUACAGUACUGUUUUGCGUUUAGAUGGUUUGAUUGCAAUUUCCACAGCAUAAAAAUUCUAUAAUUCGG